CUUCCGUCACGCCCUGUAACCACCACAACAACUUCGCAACAUGGAGCCUGACUGUGACUUUUGCCUCAUUGUACAUGGACAGACGGCCACUGAAAUCCUUAUGAGUGAUGACGAGCUGGUUUGCUUCCGUGACGUCAAACCCGGCGCCGCGCAUCACUACCUGAUCAUUCCCCGGACACACAUCGAGGACUGCAAGUCCCUGCAGGGAAAAGAUGUACCUUUGGUGGAGCGAAUGAAAGAAAUGGGACAGAGUGUGCUACUGAAGAAUGACGUCAAAGAUCUUGAAGAUAUAAGGUUAGGAUUCCACAUCCCUCCGUUCAACUCUGUUCCUCAUCUUCACCUUCAUGCACUUGCUCCAACAAGUAAAAUGAACCCCUUUGCACUACGACGCUAUGGACCUCAGUCUCACUGGUUCCUAACUGUUGAUAAGGCACUUUCUCAGUUGGGACAAAAUGGCAAGAUCAAGUGAAGAUAAGCAGAAGAAUCCACUGCUGUUGAUCUUUUUACACACAUAUUGCUUUGAAAUACUUUAAGUUGCUUUUUAUCAGUCAUGUGAUUUUCAUUCUUCUUGUAUGUCAUUAAAGUCUGAUGCUGGAAGUGGGAUGUGUUAAAAAUAGGCUACCUUACAGCCCUGUGAAAAAAUGUAUACCACUUUUUUUAAAUUAUUAAUAUAUUUCCUGAAUCACGUAUUUAUGAUUUUUUUUAUUAUUCUCACUGAUUGUCAGAUUUGCUGCGAUUCAUUCUGUCCGUGGAUAUAUUUUUAACGUCUGACUUCAUCUUUUGUUUCACAUUUUUACAAUGAGUCAUCUAUGUACAAUUACACAACAAAUCCACUGGGUGUCAGUAAAGUCUAUGUGUUUGUGGGCUAUAUUUAUUCGAGGUUAUGUUUUACUUGAAACGUUACAUAAAAAUUUCAGUAAAUAUGUGCAAUGGGACAAGGAACAAAUUAUCCAGUUUUGCGGAUCUGGAUCAAAGACUAUUCUUUAAUAAUCGGCGGCAUUUGUGCCAGAUUUUAUUUAUUUAUUUUUAUUUAAUUAUUUUUUGUGGGAUACUUUGUCAUUGGGAGAUUGUGUUGAGGGUGGACAAAUUAAAUUUAUUUAAUUUAUGGGUGAAAUCACAAUGAUGAAUAUGUAAUUGGCAGGUAACCAAUGCAAAGGGAUGAUUCUUAAGUUAUUUCAUCCUAC